CAAGAAAAUAGAUAUGAAUGCUAUAUAAAUUCGCUCACGAAGAACCUUCCUUACAGGAUCUCCACAAUGACUUUUAAGGUAAACAUAUUGAGCGCUCUCCUCUUCGUCUGUUUAAUUGGUUUCAUCCAUUCAGCAAGAAUUAAGCGGGAUGAUGCUGACGCGUCUACAGUACCUUCGGAGCCCGCAACCAGCGAGACCAUACCACCCAGCAGUUCUUCCACCACAAAAUCUCCUCUAGAUGUGAGCGCAAUAUUUGAUAACUUUGGCCAGAUAUUCCCAGCUAAUAACUCUCCAAACUGGAUGCAAGGUGCCAGUGCCUGGUUUAAUAACUUACCUAACUGGUUUGGUGGUCAGUAAACAUUCUUCUGUCAGAUUUUCAACUAUAUC